CUGUUUUUUAAUUUUAUUUCUAAUUUUUCGUAUUGCUUUCGUUAUAAUUUCCAACUUGUCAAGGCUAAAUAUGUUACCUGUACUGAAUGCAGUGAUGGACGUCGCUUAGUUAUUGGGUUGAGCGUAUGUUGUGGUUGUCCGAAAUUUGCUUGCCUGAAACAUAUUCGGUGCCACAUGACACAAAAGAAUCAUUAUUUUUGUAACGCAAUUAUUUAUGAUGUGAAAUUGGAAAGACUGCGUCGAGAAAGAAAGAAUGCUUCACUCCGAGUUUUAGGCCUAUGUGCUGAAUACAGAUUACGACCAAAUAAUACAUUUGUCCAUUUAUUUUUCUCUCGGCAUUCUAAAGUUAUCAAGCUUAAGAGAAAAAGUAAUAACGGGUUGAGAGGAUUAGUGAAUUUGGGAAAUACGUGUUUUAUGAACAGCGUUCUGCAGGCAUUAUUACACGCUCCAUAUUUGAGGCCGUAUUUUUUAAGUGACUUGCAUCGAUGUAACAAAAGUUUGGGCAAUUGUCUGAUGUGUGAACUUUUAACUAUAUUUCAAGCAUUUUAUGGUGGCAGUAUUAUGCCAUAUAGACCAAAUCGGUUCUUAUAUUUGAUGUGGCGUUUCGUUGGGAAAUUCGCUCAAUAUCGACAGCAAGAUGCCCAUGAAUUUUUUAUUGCGUUGCUGGGAGUGCUUUGUCCAUCAGGACAACCAAAACCGGGGUCUGAAAACUGUGAAUGCAUCGUUGAGAGGCUAUUCAAAGGCACUCUUCAAUCAGAUUUGUCGUGUCCGGCUUGCGGUGCUGUAUCAACAAAAUGCGAAGUUCUUUCCGAUAUAGCUGUGGACGUCGGUAAGGAAGUUUUUCCAUCAUCAUCGACAUCGACUGACUCAAUUGAAAUCACUCUGGAAGAAUGUUUGCGAAGAUAUGUCCAGCCUGAACAUCUUGCAAGCGUAAAAUGUAGUCAUUGUACAGCUCAAGGUGGAUUAACGAAGCAACUUACUUUCAAAAAGCUACCAAAUAUUGCUUGUAUCCACUUGAAAAGGUUUGAACCGACCAAAAAGAUGUCAACUAAAAUUUCUUUCCCACAGUUCAUUGAUAUGACGCCAUUUACCACUCACCAUCGUCAAGGUUUUGUCGAACACAUAAAUUCGGUAUAUGGUCCUAUAUCAAGUCUAAAUUACUCGACAACAUCUAUGGAAGCACUUAUUCGAACAAGGAACAAAUACGAACUUUUUGCGGUCAUUAAUCACGUUGGAACAAUGGACAGUGGCCACUACACCUGUUUCGUCCGGCAUGCAAAUCAGUGGUAUCUGUGUGAUGAUGAUAAAAUUUCACCGGCAUCGAUCCAGUACGUUUUGAAAUCAGAAGGCUAUAUUUUAUUUUAUGCUAAGAGUCUUCUUGAUUUCAUAUAA